UUAGUACUUCCGGGGUCACGAGCUUUCUCUUGCCAUGUGCAUGGUGGGAAAACGAGCGGAACGUACUUCAGGAGGAGGAAUGUCUCCGGUCAGGUGUCGAAAGAGAAAUAUUUGAAAGUAGGUAAAGUACUCGUUAGCUUAGAGUCGUUAGCUAGCUAAAAGUGGGAAUGGCUCUUUACGUGAAAGCCGCAGAGGUCCUGGAUAAAGCUGAGAAGAAGCAGGGCGCUUUGAAAACUCUAGUCUACGACAGCAAAUUUGAGAACAUCAAACCGCUGUUCGCUCUGGUUAUGGAGACCCAGAAGUUUUCCUCCGUCCUGGAGGAAAUCAUCGAGUCCACCAAGCUGCUCAAGCAGACCAAGAUGCGGAUGAACCUGGCCAAGGUGCUGGUGUACGACCUGCUGAUGGGCCACGGGCUGAAAUGCGGAGGAGCCUGGAAAACCAUGAUGAUGAAGCAUCGUACCAGGUUGCAGUCGGUGCUGGCCCGUAUGAAGGUGAAGCAGAAGGUCAGCAAGAAUGAGGACCUUCUCCCACCCAGCGUCAGGCAGAUGCUAGGGGAAAAGCUGCCCAGGUAUGUGCGUGUGAACACCCUGAAGACCACCGUGGAGGAUGCAGUGGACUAUCUAAAGAGGGAUGGCUUCUCCUACCUGGGCCAGGCGUCCAGGAUGGAGGACCUAACCCUGAAGGAGAAAUACUUUGUGAUGGACAUGCAUCUGCCAGAGCUGCUGGUCUUCCCUCCUAAGACUGACUUCCAUGACCACUUCCUGUAUAAGGCCGGCCACAUCAUUCUACAGGACAAAGCCAGCUGCCUCCCAGCGUACCUCCUCAACCCCCCACCUGGUACACAUAUCAUCGAUGCCUGUGCCGCCCCAGGGAACAAAACCAGCCACCUGGCAGCCAUCAUGAAGAACAAGGGCAAGCUGUUUGCUUAUGACUUGGAUGCCAAGCGUCUGUCCACCAUGGCCACUCUCCUGCUCAGAUCCGGGGUCACCUGUCAGCAGCUGGGCAACCAGGACUUCCUGAAGGUGGACCCUGAGAGCCCACAGUUUAAAGAUGUAGAGUACAUCCUGCUGGAUCCUUCCUGCAGCGGAUCAGGCAUGGUGUGUCUCGGUGACGAUGCUUCCUCUGCUGACCAGAAAAAGGUUCAGGCUCGUCUGGCCGCCCUUGCCUCCUUCCAACUGCGGUGUCUCAACCACGGCCUGAAGUUCCCUCGCCUGAAGCGCCUGGUCUACUCCACCUGCUCCAUCCACAGCCAGGAGAAUGAGGAAGUCGUAACAGCCUGUCUGCAGCAGAACCCCGGCUUCAGAUUGGUUCCUCUGCUGUCUCAGUGGCCAGAACGAGGCCUGGAGCCGCUCACUCAGUGUCUCCGAGCCAGCCCUGCAAAAACCGGCACCCACGGCUUCUUCGUGGCUCUGUUGGAGAAACACAACGAAGCUGGGAGAAAGAAGCAGGCGGCAGCAGUUCAGAAAAGUGAUCCUCCUGUCACAAUCAGCGAGGCUGCAAAUGAAGCAGAGAAGCAGGAGCCAGCACUUCAGAAAAGUCAUCCUGUCACAAUCAGCGAGGCUGGGAAUGAGAAGCAGGAGCCAGUGGUUCAGAUAAGCGAGCAGGAGGCGACACCACUCAGUCCCUCCACCUGUGGAAAGAGGCCUGCAGCUUCUGAUGAAGAGUCGGAGGACAAACAGACACCUGCAGCAGAUCAGGCUGAUGGUACACCCAGCAAGAAGAAGAGGAGGAAGAGAAAGAGGAAAAAGAAGAAGAAGACGACGACGACGACGACGACGACAAUGGAAAUGGAAACAGUGGGGUGAUGGAGGAAAUAAAAUGGGACUACAGCUUUUAAUGUGGAGGCACUGCUCUCUUAAGAAGGGCUCCGUUGAUGUGUGAAAUGUAACAGAAAAGUAAAGAUUAUUUUUUACUGUG